UGCCAUGACAAUUUAGCAGCUUAAAUCCUGGUACAUGGGUUAUUGUGCUGAAAACGGGUAGAUGUUGAAAAUGGAUGAACAAACCAUUGGCUAAUUUCCCUUGACUGAAUCUUUGAAAUUUGUUUCUCUAUCUCUUCCUUUGUGUACUUCAGCUAAAAAGGGAAGAAGCAGACCAUGCCUGAACCAGUUACCUUGUGCAGUAUUAAGAAAAUUGGAGAAGACAACUAUGCCUUUGAGUCAGAUGAAUCACAUAAUGGCAUCAUUAAAUCAGAGUAUUUCUAUACAAAAAAGGAGGCUUCAAAGAACGAUGUAAAGGGGGAAAAGAAAGAGAAGAAAAAGGAUGACAUCCGAGUUGGCUUCUUUCAGCUGUUUAGAUUUGCUUCUUCCACUGAGAUACUGAUGAUGGUUUUGGGUGGCAUUGCUGCCAUUCUUCAUGGAGCAGCUCAGCCUGCCAUGUUGCUGGUCUUUGGCUUAAUGACAGACGCCUUCAUUCAAUAUGAUAUUGAGAGACAGGAGCUUGACGACCCAAAUAAAGCUUGUGUGAAUAACACAAUAGUGUGGGUCAACAGUUCCCAUCAUCAGAACGACAGUAAUGUAUCAUUAAGUUGUGGGUUACUGGAUAUUGAAAAAGAAAUGACCUAUUUUGCAAGUUACUAUGCAGGAAUUGGCUGUGCUGUCCUUGUGCUUGGAUAUCUUCAAAUCUGCUUAUGGGUGAUGUCAGCUGCUCGACAAACACAACAAAUCAGAAAAUCCUAUUUCAGGAAAGUAAUGAGGAUGGAUAUAGGCUGGUUUGAUUGUACAUCAGUGGGAGAACUCAAUACACGAAUUUCUGAUGACGUUAAUAAAAUAAAUGAUGCUAUUGCUGAUCAAGUAGCAAUCUUUAUCCAGCGCUUCACCACCUUUGUUUGUGGGUUCCUGUUAGGAUUUAUCAGAGGUUGGAAGCUGACCUUGGUUAUUAUCGCAGUCAGUCCACUGCUUGGGAUUGGAGCUGCCAUCAUGGGCCUGACUGUGGCAAAGAUGACAGGUCUAGAAUUAAAAGCUUAUGCGAAAGCUGGUGCAGUGGCUGAUGAAGUACUCUCAUCCAUCAGAACAGUGGCUGCUUUUGGAGGGGAAAGAAAAGAAGUUGAAAGAUAUGACAAAAACCUAGUAUAUGCUCAGAACUGGGGAAUUAGAAAGGGGAUAAUAAUGGGAUUUUUCACUGGUUACAUCUGGUGCAUCAUUUUCCUGUGCUAUGGACUAGCCUUCUGGUAUGGCUCCAAACUUGUCCUUGAAGAAGAGGAGUACUCACCUGGCACACUUUUACAGGUUUUCUUUGGAGUUCUAAUAGCAGCCUUAAAUCUUGGCCAAGCUGCUCCUUGUCUAGAAGCCUUUGCAACAGGCCGAGGGGCUGCAACAAAUAUCUUUGAGACAAUAGAUAAAAAACCAACCAUUGACUGUAUGUCAGAAGAUGGCUACAAACUGGAUAAAGUCCGAGGUGAAAUUGAGUUCCACAAUGUAACAUUCUAUUAUCCAUCAAGGCCUGAAGUGAAAAUUUUAGACAAACUCAAUAUGGUUAUCAAAUCAGGAGAAACAACAGCUUUCGUUGGCCCUAGCGGAGCUGGGAAGAGUACUACCAUACAACUUAUUCAACGAUUCUAUGACCCUAGUGAAGGCAUGGUUACUCUAGAUGGACAUGAUAUUCGCUCCCUGAAUAUUCAAUGGCUACGUUCUUUGAUUGGUAUUGUUGAACAGGAGCCUGUCCUCUUCUCUACCACCAUUGCUGAGAACAUUCGCUAUGGCCGGGAAGAUGCAACAAUGGAAGAUAUUGUUAGAGCAGCCAAAGAAGCCAAUGCCUACAACUUUAUCAUGGAUCUGCCAUUGCAAUUUGACACUCUUGUGGGAGAAGGGGGUGGCCAAAUGAGUGGAGGCCAGAAGCAGCGAAUUGCUAUUGCCCGAGCCUUAGUUCGAAACCCUAAAAUCUUGCUGCUGGACAUGGCUACCUCAGCACUGGACAAUGAAAGUGAGGCUAUCGUUCAAGAGGCACUUCAUAAGGCUCGCCUUGGGCGCACUGCUAUCUCCAUUGCUCACCGUUUGUCCACAGUCAAAACUGCUGAUGUCAUCAUUGGUUUUGAGCAUGGGAGAGCAGUGGAAAGGGGAAAACACGAGGAGCUGAUGGAACGGAAAGGGGUUUAUUUUACUUUGGUGACUUUGCAAAGCCAAGGAGACAAGGCACUCACAGAAACAUCAGUACAAAUAUCUGAACCAAGACUUGAGAAAGUACAGUCCUUCAGCAGGGGAAGUUAUCGUGCCAGUUUGAGAGCUUCCAUUCGACAACGCACCAGAUCUCAGUUAUCAAAUAUAAUCCCGGACCAUCCGGUAUCAAUUGUGGGAGACCAUUCAGAGCAUAACUAUAAUACAAGUCAAUAUGAAGAAGAUGGUAGACCAUUUAAAAAGGAACUGGUUACUGUAGAUGAGGAAGAAGUAGAACCUGCUAAUGUCACCAGGAUUUUGAAAUACAAUGCCCCUGAAUGGCCCUAUAUGGUGAUUGGAUCACUGGGAGCAGCUGUCAAUGGGGCAGUCAGUCCUCUCUACGCCUUGUUGUUCAGUCAGAUUCUUGGAACCUUCUCUCUUCUUGAUGAAGAAGAACAAAGGUCACAAAUCAACAGCAUCUGCCUGCUCUUUGUUGUUGUGGGAAUCAUAUCAUUUGUAACUCAGUUCUUGCAGGGUUAUACAUUUGCAAAGUCUGGUGAGCUGCUUACAAGACGGUUGAGGAAGAUUGGUUUCCAGGCUAUGUUGGGCCAAGAAAUUGGUUGGUUUGAUGAUCAUAGGAACAGCCCGGGGGCCUUAACUACAAGACUUGCUACUGAUGCAUCUCAGGUUCAAGGGGCAACUGGAACCCAGAUAGGAAUGAUUGUGAAUUCCCUUGCCAACAUCGGAGCGGCCGUUAUUAUUGCUUUCUACUUCAGCUGGAAGCUCAGCCUAGUCAUCACCUGCUUCUUGCCUUUCUUGGCUUUAUCUGGAAUGGUGCAGUCUCAAAUGCUGACAGGGUUUGCCUCUCAGGACAAGGAAGCAAUGGAUGCUACUGGGAUGAUUUCCAAUGAAGCCCUCACAAAUAUCAGGACUGUUGCUGGAAUUGGGAAGGAGAAAACAUUUAUUGACGCCUAUGAGAGAAAGCUGGAAAUCCCAUACAGAGGAGCAAUCAAAAAAGCCAAUGUUUAUGGAGUUUGCUUUGGGUUUGCACAGUGUGUGUUGUUUAUAGCCAAUUCUGUCUCUUAUCGGUAUGGGGGAUUUUUGGUUGACAAGGAAGGACUUCACUACAGCUAUGUAUUUAGGGUGAUUUCUUCCAUUGUGACCAGUGGAACUGCUUUAGGAAAAGCAUCUUCUUACACACCAAAUUAUGCCAAAGCAAAAAUAGCUGCAGCACGUUUUUUUCAGCUGGUGGAUCGGAUUCCCCGAAUCAGUGUUUACAGUGACAUUGGAGAAAAAUGGCUGCAUCCUGCAUGAUUCUACAACACUGCA